AUGACUCCACCAAGGCUCCUACCAUGUAACUUGGCAGGGAGAAGGAAAUACUUACAUCUUGGUGCUGUGGGUUCAGCUUUGAGCUCCCCACCAAAAAGGGACUCUAUGUCCGAGCGCAAGUGUCAGGCUCUUCCGACAUCCCUUUUGGCCUUUUGUUCGUUCCUGUCUUUUUACCGGCCGUUUGCUCUCUUCCUGCGUGAUGUCCAUGAUGCGAGCCCACAGCUCCUCUGCUCUCUGGCCACGAGUGCGCUGUGUGACCCACCUUCUCUGGAGAUGGUCUCUAAAUUCAGUGCCUCCCCCUCAUUCCUCUUUGUGGUUUCUCCAGUUCUGGACUUCAGCGAUCCCUUCAGCACCGAGGUCAAGCCGCGGAUCCUGCUCAUGGGCCUGCGGAGGAGUGGCAAGUCGUCCAUUCAGAAAGUGGUCUUCCACAAAAUGUCUCCCAACGAGACCCUGUUCUUGGAGAGCACGAACAAGAUAUGCCGCGAAGACGUCUCCCACAGCUCCUUCGUCAGCUUUCAGAUCUGGGACUUCCCAGGGCAGAUCGACUUUUUUGACCCGACUUUUGACUACGAGAUGAUCUUCAGGGGAACAGGAGCACUGAUAUUUGUCAUUGACUCCCAGGACGAUUACAUGGAAGCCCUGGCCAGGCUCCACCUCACGGUGACCAGGGCCUACAAAGUGAACACCGACAUCAACUUUGAGGUGUUUAUUCAUAAAGUGGAUGGCCUGUCAGAUGACCACAAAAUUGAAACCCAAAGAGAUAUUCACCAGAGGGCAAACGAUGACCUUGCGGAUGCUGGAUUAGAGAAAAUUCACUUGAGCUUUUAUCUGACAAGCAUCUAUGAUCAUUCAAUCUUUGAAGCUUUUAGCAAAGUGGUUCAGAAACUGAUUCCACAACUCCCAACCCUGGAGAAUUUGCUAAACAUCUUCAUCUCAAAUUCUGGGAUUGAAAAGGCUUUUCUCUUUGACGUGGUCAGUAAAAUCUAUAUUGCGACUGACAGCACCCCCGUGGACAUGCAGACCUAUGAGCUCUGCUGUGACAUGAUCGACGUGGUGGUGGACAUCUCUUGUAUUUAUGGAAAGGAUCACUGAAGACAAAUGGGUGCAUAAGCAAAUGUGGUG